AUGGGUUGUUUUCUCUUGCACAACAUUUAUCGCUCAUUAGCAGAAGCAGAUGAAGACAAACUGUUUGUAACAACCAAAUUAUUUAAUGUCGGAUGUUUUACUCCAAUUAUGGAUCUCAUCAAAAAAGACACCCCUCAACAACAACAAUUGUUUAACGCCGAAGUUGUUGCAUUAUUGUUACAUCUCAUUCAAAAUAUGGCCUGGGAUCUUCUUACCAAGCCCUUCUCAAAUGUUAAAGAAUUUGCUUUGAAUGUGGUCUGUAAUGUCAUUCAAAAUUUGGUAUUGUCAGAUCGAAGACCCAUCGAAGAAAAGCAUCAAAUUAUGUCCAAGAUGAUUGACGUUCUGAGAAAUUACAAGAGCGAAACUUGUGAAAUUUGUAAUAUGUCUAUUCGAACUUUAAUACUAUUUCUCUAUUUCAAUGAGUUCAAGUCCAAACUUUCUCAAAAGGACUUGGAAGAGCUUUUAGUAUUAACCGCAAAAUCACUCCAACAUCAUAUUCCUAUCAGCACAACUACCCUCGACGAUCAUCAAUGUUCACUCAUGCGACAUGCCAGUGCAUUACUUUCAAAACUUUGCAAUUCAGAAUCAUUGGUCAACCUGGUCAUGAAUAACACACCUCAAGGAAUCAUUUAUUACAUGAAAAUGUUCCUACUUAGCCCAGUGAGAGUUCAGGCAAAUCUCGUCAACACCAUUUCCAUAUUUUUCGCAUUUUCUGAAUUGUGUACAGACCCCACUGUUGUUGCCACUCCUGAAUAUCUGAAAUAUUUCGGAUUUAUCACAAAAGAAGCACAAGGACUUAAUCCUCACCUUAAUCAGAAUUGUCAAGCUGCUGUAAUGGUCAUUUCAAAGAGAAUGGGUUUAUACGGAGACGAUCGACGUGUGAAUUUUGGUUUUGAGUCCGAAGAUAAUGGUGCUGAUUUUGCAGGUUUUAAUGGACCUCAACAGAAACCAAAAAUUAUUGAUCGCUGUAACUAUUGUGCCAAGUAUGGAGCGAAAUCGAGAUGUGGUGGUUGUCGUAAAGUGUUUUAUUGCUCUAAGGAAUGUCAACUUGCGGAUUGGCCCUUACACAAACUUCGAUGUAACCAAUAA